AUGGCUGAGGAGAACCACCUGCGUCAUAUCUUGCAGACCAGCUCAGUUCAUCUACCUGAGUUCAACCCGUACCAACUUAACCCUGCUCUGGACCACACUCCCGAGUUCCAGCGACAUACUUGCAAAGACUGUAAAACACUGAUUUUGGAGCUCCUUGAACACCCAGCAAGCGGCUCUCCAGGUGAAUACACGAUUUUUGAAAAUCACCGUGAUGGGCUUCUGUCUACGCUAGGACAUGGUUCGGCCAGUUGCCGUAUAUGCGCUAUUAUUUUCAAUCAGAUCAUAUGCGAUCGCGCUGCCGUCCAGCACGAAUUCACUCAUUAUCAGCUUGCUUUGUCGCUCAAGAAAAACAGCUUCUGUGUCAGGCUUACAAAUGAUCCCGGAGCGGCUGGCACAGACGGGGAAGACACUGACGAGGAAAACAUCUAUGGCGAAUUUGCCCUUUAUAGCAGCGAAUUACCGAAAGAGUUUUCUUGGUUAGAUUAUGGAAUUGUCUAUACACCCAUGUGGAACGAACUGUAUGUUAGUCGUCAGCCGUAUCUUGCGUCGCGAGAUUAUCCCUGGCAGGAAAAAGCAAUCGACAAAAUCAAGGCCUGGAUAAGUGACUGUGAAACGGAACAUGAACACUGUCCCCAACGGCACUCCACCGCGCUGCCUAAACGGGCCCUCAAGAUUAAAAACGAUGACGUUUUUCUCUAUAUUUCCCAGAAAGAAGAUGUGCAAACUGAAGAUAAACGCUAUGUCGCUCUGAGCUACCGAUGGGGGAACGAUCUUCCCUUGAGACUGACCAGGGACACGAUGGACGACUUCAUUAGAGGACGCCCCAUCUCAGAGCUGCCUGAGACUCUCCGGGAUGCAGUACGCAUCGCUCGCAAUCUGGGCUUUGAAUUUAUCUGGAUUGACGCCCUCUGCAUCAUUCAGGAUGACGAAACUGAUUGGGUGGAACAGUCAGCCCUAAUGGCGGAUAUUUACCGAUGUAGUAGCCUCAACUUGUGCGCGGCGGAUUCAGCAGGUUGUGGCUCAGGAAUGGUAGAAAUGGCGGCGCCACACUUGAUGGAAAUUGCUGCUUCAGCGACCCAAUCUCCAGACACGGGCUUCAGAGAAUCAGUGGUUCUUGUAGGAGGUCCCACCUCCAACGCCGUUGUCGACGUCAGUGGAUGUGGGCUUCGGUCCAGGGGAUGGGUCUUCCAGGAGGGCCUCUGCUCCCCUCGUGGCCUCUAUGUUAGCCGUCGGCACGGCUUGUGGUGGGAUUGCGGAACGCUGAUUGAAGCGAUUGACACGAGUGAAUCGAUACGGACCGGUGAGACCGAUCAUGCAUUCGACCCACGCACCGAAAGGCGGUCUUUUUGGUCUCUUACGGAGUAUGACUCUGAGGAGAUCCGAGACUUCUCCUUCACCUGGUAUGACUGGAUAGUGGAAUUUACAUCGACAGACCUCACGCGAGAAACAGAUCGGCUCCCCGCGGUAGCUGGCCUGGCCUCUUAUGUCGCCUCGCGGUCAAGAAUGAAGUACAAAGCCGGAUUGUGGCAGGAGGAUAUUCCAUGCGGAUUGAUGUGGCGUGGAAGCGGUCCGGGCCAUGCCAAGCGACUACCAGGAGGUGCUCCUACCUGGAGCUGGGCUUCGAUCACGGGGCCAAUCUACUACGAUAACUUCUUUACCAUGGGUGUCGACAACCGCGGGGAGAUUCGCCGUUGUGCCGAGUUGGACCUUGAGAUCACGGACACGAUCGUCGAGGAAGAGCAGGCAGACUCAUUUGGGAAUGUCCGACGUGGAGAGAUUAAGGCCUCUGGAGUUUUGAAGCACGCAGCGACGAUGCUGCUGAGAGAACGAUGGGAGGCAAUAUGGGGAUUCGAUAUACAGCCUGCAGAACCAGAAACAGAUGUCCUCGAACGCUGCCAAGUACUCCGGCUCGCGAGAGCCUACCGAAAUAAGCAGGGUGUCCGCCCAGUUGUCUAUUUUCUGAUCAUCAGGGGUACAGGUCGGCGCGAAAAUGAAUACCAGCGAGUCGGCCAAGGACGUAUCAUACUAGCAUACGACCAGCCCUCGGAUUUUCGCUUUGAAUCUAUUAGGGGGAGGGAGCAGCUCAAGCGAAAGCAAGAGCGAAGGCAAAGGCAAAAGCUAAGCCUUCCAGAGGAGAAUAUGUGGGGGGAGACUGAGAAAGUUGCAAUGACUCUUGUUUAA